CCCUCCUUCCCACGAGUGUUCCAAUAUAAUAACCUUCCAAUUGCGGAAGAUUUCUCUCUUUUUUUCUUAAUCACACAUGAAAAAACCAAGCAAUUCCCUCAAAACCCCCCAUUUCCCACCCAUUUUCCCUUUUCAAAACCCUAAUUUUCGCCCCCAAUUUGUUGUUUUCCGGAUACCUCACCGGUUUUCUCUUCCGAUGAUGCCCAAUAUCUGACAAUUCAUCUUCCAUUGCAUCCUUCUUUCUCCUUUUUCUUUUUUUUUUCUCUUCAAUCCCAACCCGAAUUCGAGGAUCUGAUGGACUUUCAAGAAAGAGAUUCGUCCCCCAUUUCCAGGACCUCGAAUUCGUAUACAAAUGGCCUUUCCUUGACUCAUUCUGCUUGGUUUGAGGUUCGCCUUUUCUAUGUUCGAAUUUCUCCCUGUGUGAUUGCUAGCGUUCCUGACCAUCUUAAUCUGCGCCACCUUCGACGUGAAAUUGGUGUUUCUCUUGAGAUUAAUGGCUCUCAAAUUCCUGCCUCUGACUCCGCUUCUAUUGCCCUUCGUCGUGAUCGCCUUAAUAAGGAAUCCUCCGAGGUUACGUAUGUUAGCACUGACAGCAUCCGGCUUACGGGCGGUGUCGAGUUUGAGGUCUAUGAGAAUGAGGAUUUGAUUCUUUGUGGCUCUUUGGAACGAAUGGACGCCAAUUGGAUUAAUGGGAGCGUUGGAUUGGAGAACAAUUCCAAGACAGGUUGGACUAUGGAAUGUUUUAUGGCUGCCUCCAUGUGUUCGGGUUCCUCCGCCUUUUUCCAGCCUAAACUUGGGGUUUCCUCGCCGGCAAUCGAGGUUUAUAUUGCUGGUUGUUGCUCUGGUAUGCCAGUGAUCUUGACGCAGACAAUUCAGGUUAGUCCGAGGCGGAGGAACUUGAGGCAAGUUGUCCUGGAUGCAAUUCCCGAGGAUGAAGAAGUUGGAAAGGAGGAGAAUGGAAGUAAUGGGUUGAUUCGGCACCAGAAACUGCAGAUGUUAGAGACUGAAGUUGAUGAUUAUGACCCAGAUGGUAAAAUGGUACAUGGUUUCUACAGUGAUGAUAUGUACACUGGCGAAGAUGGGCAGCUCUCGUGGUUUAAUGCAGGUGUUAGAGUGGGUGUUGGUAUUGGUCUUGGAGUGUGCCUUGGAGUUGGAAUUGGGGUUGGUUUGCUCAUGCGUUCAUACCAAACCACAACAAGACACUUUAGACGACGGUUUAUGUAAUUAGGAUAUUGUUACUUGGGAAUCUGGAGAUUGUUAUACUAGUGAAUAGACAAUAAAGGGAAAGAGAUUUUUGGGUUCCCAAUCGUCAAGCCUGCACAUAACAUACAAUAAUGCAGGCAGGAAGAAUUAAGUUGUUAGGACUUUGAACAGAAUCAAGAAGUCAGUGAAAGCCACUCAAGGAAGUUGAACGUCAACUUCUUCUGUAGGCAGGAUGAAAGCUGUACAGUCUCCCCUUUUUGUUCUUUUCUCUACGUGAAGCACAUUCUCUCAGGCAGCAGAGACCUUCUUGCUUAGUUCCGUGGCUACUUACUUUUCUAUGAAUAUGUUUCUUUACAUAAAUGGCAGGGGCUCGUGUUGGUGCUUAUCCUCGAUCGAUGUAGCUUUUAUCAAAGGGGUUUCGACGGGACACAACCCUGCAGGAAAAAAGAUUUCCUAGGACAUAAUAAGCUUGUGUGAGGUUUGAUUUCGUCUCGAAGAGUAUCUACUUUUCUUUACUGAUGCUGUAUAGGAUACUACCUUUUAUUUUUCUCUCCUUUCAUUGGGGGUUAAAUCACAAAUAUAGUUGCUUUA